AGACUAUAAAAAUACUUCCUGUCAACAGAUGGCAGUGUGACAAUAUGGCUGCAAAAGCUAAGUUUAAUAGGCUAGAAUCAGAAAUCGAAAGGUGUAGGGCGGAAAGAUCAUGGUUAAAGGCAUUAGAAGCAGCAAAACAACUUGCAAAUAAGUACCAACAAUUAGAUUUUUAUGUGACUUUUACUCAUGCAGAAAGCACAUUAGAACACUAUGUCAAAGACAAUAUACCUCUUGAAAAAAAUCACAAUAAAGCUUGUGAUCAGCUGACAGAUGUCGAGAAAACUCUGUCCAGUAUAGCCAGCAGUGGCAAUAAGCUGUCAUUUGAAGCCAAACUCUUACUAGCUAAGCUGUAUUACUGUAAAGGUUCCUAUGAUGAGACAUUAAGAUUGUAUGAUGAGAUCAACUUAGAUAGUGUACUGGAUCAGAACAUGGCUCCACGUGUUCUCCAACUUCUGGCUGAAGCUUAUUCCAUCAAAGGAUCAUGCUUGGAAUCCAAAGGUCCCAGCACCACCAGCAAAUAUAAGGCUGCCGAGCAAGAGAAGCUGGUGUUACAGUGCUUUGAGACAGCAGGAGACUUAGCCCUUCUGUAUGUCCAGGAGAGAGAGAAAAUGGCCCAGAGUAAUUCAUCAGGGGAAGAGGAAGUAGAUAUCAUCCUGGAGAAUGCCAUAAAACAGUCACCGCUCAUGUACAUCAAAAGAGGUGACAUCAAACAAGGAGUAGGGCGAUUUAGAGAGCUACUGCGAGUUGUAGAAUCUAGAUUCACUCAAAGUCUUCGACAGGCACUGGCCAGGCAGUUGGCUGAAGUAUUGAUCCGAGGCAUGUGUGAGAAGACUUAUAUACCUAUAGAAGUUAGUCAUUCCAGCUCUAGUCAAAUUACACAUCCAUUACCUAGAAAAUACUCAGGUGAAAAUUUGUUCAUCCCACGUGAACUUAAUGAAGAGGCAUUAUUACUCCUCCUUGUGGCUGAAGCAAUCGUGACAAGAGAGGCUGUGCUUAACCAGUCUGAGGAACAUCGGGAAGAUCGACACAUCAGCUACGAGAACACGACGGCAGUAUACGAUCUGUUGGCCAUCACUCUGGUCAGGUGUACUCAAUUCCUCAAACUGUCUGAUUCCUUUGAGAAGGCUAUGCGAUUUUCAUUUGAAGAAUUCCAUAUCUGGCAUCAAUUUGCUAAUACACUUAUAUGUUCAGGAAAGUAUAGCAGAGCUUUACAUGUCUUGAAAGAAUGCUCGAGACUAAAGCCAAAGAAUACAGUGGUUUUACUGCAAGCAGCAAAGCUAUGCUUUGAAUGUCUGCAUCUAUACAAUGAUGGAAUAAAUCUAGUCCAGCAGGCAAUAGACAGCUGUUCUGAGAGCCACCCUCUGCUGAGUCGGUUAUAUGUGGCUCUGGGCAUUGGCUACAGUCUCAAGGCUCAGGGUACCAAGUUACAGGGGGACAGAUACGGUCUACACAAGAAGGCAUUAGAUGCAUUUAAAUAUGCAAAUGAGCUGGAUCAGAAUGAUUACCUUGCCUUGUUUCACCUGGCACUACAGUUAGCACUACAGAGACAGAUCAGUGAGGCAAUAAGAUGUGUUAAGAUGUCUCUAAAACACAAGAAUGACUACAUGCACUCCUUACAUCUGUUGGUGCUGCUGAUGACGUCAGAGAAGAAGUACGAGGAGGGAAUGACUCUGAUCCAGGCAGCCCUCCAGGAAUAUCCGGACAACCUCAGUCUGAUGUUGACCCGCAGUAAACUGGAGGAGGUUCUGCUCGGUCCCGAGUAUGCGCUCGACACGUGUCGAGAGAUGUUAGAGCUGUGGAAGGAACUCUAUGAAACAGAUGUGGAGGACACUUCCUCUGAGAAGAAAUACAGAACCAUUACAUCUAAUGACAGAUCAACAUUUGACAGAAGAAGCUUUGCCCAGCUUCAGUUAAAUGAACUGAAUGACAGAGACACUGGGUCGGUGAGGGCGGAGUCUGUGGCUGCCUCGCGGGUGGAGCAGACUCUAUCUGAGGUGGCGUCCUCUAUGGGGAGUAUCCUCCACUCCCGCCCGGGCUCCCAGGAAACCUGGCUUUUACAGGCACAAAUUUGGCUACACCUAGCGGAAUUGUACCUAAGCUUGGACAAAAUGACAGAGGCAGAAGGUUGUGUACAGGAAACUUCUACCAUCUUCCCACUGUCCCAUCAUGUUGCUUUUAUGAGAGGGCGGGUAUAUGAACACAAACAUAAAUAUGAAGACGCCAAGUGCUGGUACGAGAAUGCUCUAUCCAUCAACCCCGCCCACACAAAGUCACUCCAACACCUGGGAAUGGUGCUACAUGAACAAGGGAACAAUAAAAUGGCCGAGAAAGCACUGCGAGAGGCGGUAAAUGUUGACCCAACAGCCCAUCAAUCAUGGUUUCGACUUGGACUUGUGUUGGAGAGUCUCGGAGAAGCAGCAGCUGCCAGUGAGUGUCACGUGACUGCCCUAGGUUUGGAAUCGACCAGUCCUAUCGUGCCAUUCUACGUUAUUCCACACAUGCUACAGUGAUAUCACAAUCAAACUUCCCAAAUCUAUAGUGCAAUAAACUCAAUUGUGAUAAUUUAUUUUUGAGUUAAUUCUGAUACAAAGGGAGCAUUUCUAAUUAUUUAUUAUCAAUUUUCUUUAAUUUAGAGGAAUUAUUGUUUACGUUUGCUGCAAGUCUGUGCAGUUUAUUGCUCUGUUCACAGAAAUGUGCACUGAAGUUUUGAAUUACAGUAAAUUAAUGCAAAGUAAAAUAAUGCGAAUUAAACUGAUGUGAAUUAAAUAAUGUUCACAUGACAGCUAAAGCAAAGUAAACUAAUUUGCAUUAAAAUUUUAUGACAGAUACUGUGGAAUCAUUUUAAUUCAUUGGGGUCAAUGUUCGUGGGCAAGCAAAAUUUUACUUGUUUGUGGAGACGUAAUUACAUGGGUUACUCAUUUAUAUGGUAGAUUCAUUAAAUCGAUAUGUUUACAAAAUAAACAUUCAUGAGGAUGUAUUCAUGGGUAAGGGUAACCCACAAACAUUGGUCCCCCAUGAACAAUGAUGAUUCCGCAUUAUUAAGAGCAUUGUAACCUCAAUUGUGAAAACUACUUCACCUUAUACAGAGCAGAUAUACAUCUUACAUGAUGUAGUACAUGCACACAUUUUUGGUGCUUAACACAAUUUUUCUCUGUAUUUCACUCAAAAAUAGUAAGAGUAUCUAUAGCUGACCACUGGCAUAAUUUUCCAAAAUUCUGUGCCAAGGACAAGUGAAUUCGAAUUAACUUCACUUAGUGUUCACACAGUGUUAAUGUGAAGUAAUUAAAUGCACAGUAAUUAAUUCAAAUUAAAGUAAUUUGAAGUAAAUUCUCCAUGUAAAUGUGGUUCAAAUUUAAUCUGCAGUAACUUACAUUUAAUUUGAAUGAAACUCUCUGUGUGAACGGGGCAAAAAUUUAUGCAUUUGACAGCUGAGUUAUUUCAUGUCCUGAACUGCAUUGUAUAUUACUCUGGGUUAAUUUCUAUUUAUAACAGGGGCAUUAUAAACAGUUUAUGUUCUGUUUUUUUAUCAGUUGCUGUAACAUAUCUUAAGUGCUGCUCUCCUCUGUUAUGUUUUAUUUUAUGUUUUGUUUAGUAAUCUACAUAUAGUUUUAUUGCCAAUAUUUUUAAAUCCCCCAAAUCUGUAUUGUUUUGACCACCAUCUGUUCAUUCCAAGGGUAUAAAUAAUGUGAUCUUAUAUUGUUUUUCAUUUUUUUUUUUGGUUUAUUUCAUUGUCGGAAACUCAUGGCUGGUCAGGCUUUUGUUUUCUCUCGUCAGCCAUGGGGUCUAGACAACAGUUUUAUCAUCAAUAUCAGCCAGUACCUAAGACGAAGUUACAUUAUGUUAUGUUUGAAGUACAUCGUUCAUACAUGUGAUAAGUCAAAGACCACAAAACUGUACAGGAGCCAUAAAAAAACUGGAAUUUGGGUGAAAAAACUGUACACUGCCUAUCAAAAAACGGUACAAAAAAAUGGUAUAAAAUAUCGCUUAAAUUCUUCUGAAAUUCCAUCGUAAUCAUUGUAAUAAACAUCGUAUAUUUUAUACCUACGAAGAUCUGGGUCAGAUUCACGUAUAUUAAGACUAAAGUCAUGUAUAUCAACUUUAAAAGUUGGCUUAAUUUUUUUCAAUCAAGUUACGUAUACGAAACAUUAACAGUAAUUAAGUACCCCUUAAAAAAUAAAACUACCUAAAGGGGUAUUUGAUACGGAUUUAUAGCAAGAUAAUUAUCCCAAUUGGCAGUUCACACCUUCGCACGCGAUACUACACAAUUAUCAGAAGGUCAAGUGUCAAACACAGGUGAUGUUUUCCAGUGUCUCGUGAGCGAGAAUGAGAGGAAAAUGGCGGCAUUUAGCGAGAAAUUUAAAAUACUGUACAAAUUUUCACAUUCCGUGAAUUUUGGUGUCCCGCCGGUACACGAUGAAUGGGCUCAAAAAACUGUACAUUUUGCGUACAGCCUGUACAUAUCACAUGUAUGAUCGUUAAUGUGCAUUUCAGUGUAACAUAUCUUACAUAAUGCUGUUACAUGUAUAUUGUACAAUAUAAACUUGUACAGAUAUAGAUAUGAAUGACAUUCCCUUUUUUUUUUUUAAAUAUGUAGACUAUUCAUGCUGAUAUUUGUCAGUAAUUCUUCUAAUGCUUUUUUUACUAGCAAAAGAAAGUGCUUAAUAUUAUUGAUGUAUUCAUGUAACCUGACAUGGAAGGUAAAAAAUAUAAAAACAUA